GUGUCAUAUCUAAAAAUGGAAGGGGGGGUGAAAGGCAAUUGUGAGAGAUCACCAGCCAGAGAUGGAUUUGAUUGGUCAGCUGUGCCCAGAGGACCAGUCCUGGUCCAAUCCGGAUCAUCUGGAGAGGAUACUUCUGGAGCGGGGCAGAGAAGCACCUGGACUUGUGUGGAGGACGAGAAGGACUUUCUUUACGGCUCAUCUGUUGUUCCGAAGGCGGACAUCAUGCCCACCGACGCCCAAAGCGACGCCCGCUCCUUCCUGACGGAGGAAAUGAUCACAGAGUUCAAGGCCGCCUUCGACAUGUUUGACACGGAUGGAGGCGGUGACAUCAGCACCAAGGAGCUGGGCACCGUCAUGAGGAUGCUGGGCCAGAACCCGUCCAGAGAGGAGCUGGAUGCCAUCAUUGAGGAGGUGGAUGAGGAUGGCAGCGGAACCAUCGACUUCGAGGAGUUCCUGGUCAUGAUGGUGCAGCAGCUGAAGGAGGACCAAGCUGGAAAGAGUGAAGAAGAACUCUCCGAAUGUUUCCGUAUUUUUGAUAAGAACACUGACGGCUUCCUGGACCGGGAAGAGUUCGGAGACAUCCUCCACAUGACGGGGGAAUCCCUCACAGAGGAGGACAUUGAUGAGAUGUUUGGGGACGCAGACACAAACAAAGAUGGAAAAAUUGAUUUUGAUGAGUUCCUGAAGAUGAUGGAGAAUGUCCAGUGAGAACUUGAGGUCUACAUUUUUGGAGGAAUUCCACCCAAAGGAUGAGCAUAAACCUGAUUAGAAGGAGUCACCAUAAACAGUUCCUGCCAGCGUGGAUUUAAGUCAGAUGCAUCCACUCUACUUCUCCCUCUCACAUGAAACCUGGGAGGGAGUCUACUUAUCUAUAAAUACCCAUUCAAACCUUUUAAGACGAAGGCGCAGCUCCCCCCUCCCUGCCCAGCUGUCGUCUUGGCAGCUGAUCCUCCUCAGAAAUGCAACACCGAGGAGCUUCACCCUCAAAACCUCCUGCUGGCUCUGAAUUCUUCUGAAUAAAAUGGUUUCUUCCCUC